AUGCCGUCAAAACACACAAUUGAAGUCACAGUGCCCAUCCCACCAGAGGUUGCUCCAGGUGAUGUUGUAGCCACACUGCAGACCUUCGAGCCACUCCUCGACAAUCACGGCUAUGUCGUCAACUACUGGCCCAAGUCAGGGCCGAUCAGCAACAAGGACCUCGCGAUAAUAAAGGGGGACCCGUUCUUCGAGGACGAGCGCCACGACCUGCCAUCGCAGGAUAUCCCGCUUGACCCGGAGGCGACAGACUCGCGCUGGUGGCUUUGCGACGUCUGGGAGGACGUCUACUACGUGCCCUUCAUUGUACCGUACUUCUCGCGCUUGAAGCGCUACCUCGCUAUCGGCUGCAGGACAGAGGGCGGGAUCCGGUUCCGGCAGCGCGUGUCCGGGGGUGUUGUCACGAGGGGUACCUUCACAAUUAUCUCGAGGGAGACGGGACGGCCAUAUGUACCCAGGACGCGAGAGGAUGUCUGGGAUGGGGAGACGGAGAACGGGUCUAUCGCCUCCAACGAUGAGGAUACAGGGGAGGGAGCAGAUGAGGGUGGGGAUGAGGAAAGAGUUGCGGGUAAUAGAAAGAGUGGAAGGAAUUGGGACGCACAGGAUGAGACGGACACCGAGACGGAGCCGUCUUGGGAUAUCGUCUGUGCGUGUGAGAUCGAAAUGCCUCUCAUCUUGGUCAUGUCACAAAUCCUUAAACGCGAUGAGAACCGUGCGCUCUGCGAACACUUGUGCAAGGCCAUCAUUACAGCGACUAGGAUUGCAUUUCGAUGA